AUGUACGUGAGGGCCAACCCAUACAUUGAAAUCAUGCUCUUCACAAAGAGCAACAAGACUGCCAACAAAAGCUGCAACAAUAACAACCACAAAAACAUCAUAAAAAACGAAAGCAUGGACCGUAACAACAGCCACAACAACAACACUGACUCCAACAACAACUCAUUAGCUUCGAUGUCGCUCAAUUUUGGCCAGGCUUCAUCAAGUUCAAUCUGUUCUCCGGACUGCAGCAGCAGUCCUGCAUGCACUGAGCGGUCAUUUUGUAGUAGCAGUGGUAACAUCGCAGACAACCAGCAGGCCAACUUGAUGCGUCUCAAUUUCAUGAGGCUGGAUAGCUUCAACAGCGUCAGUGAGGGUUUCAACUUUGUUGAUGACAACAACAUUAACUGCUCCAACAAUAAUAUCAACAGCAACAUUAACUGCUCCAACAUCAGUGUCAACAUCAACAGCCUCGAUCACGUUCGUAACAGCAACACUAAUAAAAACAAUUUCAACGUUUUUUACAACGGUAACAUCAACAACAUCAAUGACAUCAACAUUAACAACAACAUCAACAACAACAUUAUUUACGACAAUAUCAACAUCAACAACAGCAAUAUCUUUAACGACAACAUAUGCAACAGAGAUAACAGCAGCAACAGCAACAACAACUUCAGCAGCAUCAACAACAACAACAUAAAUAACUGUAUGGACAUGUUUGAUGAUUUCUGCAAUGAGAGACAUUCCAUUUUCAGAACCAUCAGCAACAACAAUAGACCUGAAAUCAACAAUCACAUUAAUAAAGAUGACAGUAACAACGACAAUAAUGUGGACAGCAGCCUUUUAAACAACAACAUUACAGAUCAAUUUGUAAACAACUUCAACUAUCCGGAUUUAAACAAUAACAUUUCUGUUUCAAAUCUCAACAUAAACAAUGACGUUAACAGUAUCAAAAGAAACAGCAUUAACAACAUCAACAACAACAUCAACAACAUCAACAACAACAUCAACAACAACAACAAAAUUAACAGCAACAGCAAUAAUAUGGACGUGAGCGACAACAACAAUAUUGAUCCAAAUAUUUUAGAAAAUUUAAUCCACUUUGAUGAGAUGGACUUUUCAAAAAACUUCAACAUAAUUAGAAACAACAACGACAAAAACAUUAACAUCAACAACAACAACAACAUUAGCAUCAUCAACAACGAUAACAGCAACAUCAGCAAUAAUUCUUCUUCGAUUGAAUAUGCAGAACUUGGAGAAAUUGUUGAUGAUCCACAGUUCCACGAGUUUCUAGUGUUUUUAAGUAAUGAUGCUGAUAUUUUGGCCGCAUCAUCACCGGCUUCAACAACAACAAUGACAACAGCAGCCACAUCAACUGUUACAUCAGCAACAAUGACAUCAUCGUCAACAAGCUUUGUUAAACAACAAUUCUUAUAG